AUGCCUCCAUUUUCGAACUCUCUACCAAGACGAUGGUCGCCAUCGGAAUUGCCCAUUCUUCCGUUCCUUGCACCGAGAGUUUUCCAGCCAUGGCCCUCCAAGGGUGCCAGAGUUUAUUUGAAAACGAGAACGGAACGAAACCAAGGCCAUGAUGGGCGUGCACAAUCAACAGUUAGCAGGGGGGAAGAUAUAUAUUCAAAGUGUCAGGAAGAUUCAUCACCAAAUGUGCUAGUGCAACCCAACACAAGAUAUGCCAGAUUCAGCAAACGACGAACGACCCCCACUUCCUUCGCCCGCAUAGAAAUCCCUAAUCAUGGGUCUAUCAGACACUUUUCUUCGGAAGGCAGUCUUGGGAGGACGACUGAGCGCAAUGGAGACGGUUCGUCCACCGAAGAUCACGCAAAAGCACCAUAUGAACCAGGGCCCAAUGGACCAUUGGAGUGUCAGCCGAGUCCCGCCGUAUCAACUCUUCAAGACUCAGGGAAAACAGAAGAUUCUAUGAAAACAAGCUCUUCGUGGAGACCUCGCCGCGUGCGAUCAACCGCAUCGUCGUUUUAUCGUCCAAGCAUAUCUCUUGAGACAAAUCGUGUGCCUGCCAGAUCGGGUGCACUCCAUUCGCGAUUAAAAACUAUCUCCAACGAGAUCCUUUUGUAUAAACAGGAUGUGUAUAUGUUACGUAAUACCAAGCCGAGUCGCUCUGGAAACUUUACUGCUCUCCCCUUACACAAGUUGUCAAGACUUAUCCCUCAACAAACUUCGACAUCUCCACCUGUAUCCACAGCUCAAACGGAAAAUGCUUCGAGCCAAGAAAUAUCACCUCUCUCUCCAGAGACCAAGAUACCACCGGAAAAUUCUAGCAAUGAGACCAAUUCAUUAGAUCAGUCCGUCGCCGUUGCGGCAGCGACAAAAUCCAUGAGAACUCAUCACAGAUCUACCAGGAAUAGAUCUGAAAGACAGGAUCGGCAUGUCGUAGGGUCGCGCAUCAAAAACAACCUUCCGAGAAAGUCACUUUUUUUCCGAAGACCUAGUGGGUGCAAAUUUCCUCGUGAGAAUUCUCAACGACCGAAGGGCAUACCGUCAGUCAAUAGGAAUACAUUUUUGAAUCAGCGACGCUUGCACUCUGAGCAUAUCACAACUGAUCCGGCAACACGCCCAGAAUUGCUUGGCCAUUAUGAACUUUGGGCCCAGCAACAAGGCCUCCCAGAGCUUUCAACCAAAUAUCUCAAAAUAAAGAUCGAUGCAGGAGCCAAUACCAUGAAGUUGAAAAUGUGGAAAUGGUCUUCAAAAUUUGCCAUUAUCAAUCAACGACACGAAGAUGCUUUAAAGGGUCAUCCUAAAUUGGAGUACAAUAAUGUUGCUGUGUCAAAGUUUCCCCUUGCAUCGAGGUUGUUAUUCAUCAAACAAGACAAUGUCACUGCCCUAGCUGCCAUUUGGCGUCGAGUCCCCACAGAGAUCCGUCCUCAUGUUUGGGAGGAGCUUAUGCUUACAGCGAUGAACCAAUAUCCUGCAUCUACACUCAAAUUACUACUUGCAACAUAUCAAGCACCAUUUCUUCCACCUGCAUGGGCCGCAAAUGACUGUCUUGAUUUUGUAGUAUCUCAUUAUUUUGGUUCACAAGAGCACAAACCUACCCCAGAAUCUUUCACUGCCGGGGAUCUUCGACAGAUACUUGAGAGUGUACAAUAUCUUCAGCUUCGCGGCCUCCGGCUGAGUGCGCGCUCAAUCUACUUGUUGCAAUUAAUGAUGAAUGGCCAACAGUUUAAGAUGUUCUAUCUCAUACUAACAGGCACAAGACAGCAUCUCACUGGCAAAACCUUGCUAAGAUUUGCCUAUCGUUUUGCACAAUCUCGUCAGACAGAUAUGGCUUUCCAAGUACUGCAGCAAGCAACUCAACAAGGCAUUGAUCUAAACCUUGGAAGAUGGCCACAAAUCUGCAACGUACUUCUUACCGGCAGAUAUCGUGACCAUGAUGCACAUGUUACUGAUACAGAACUUUUUGAUUUCAUGCUACAUCAUGGUCUGAAGCCCGGGAUUGUUACAUACAACAUCCUGAUCCAAAAUUCACUUCAAGCUGGAGACCAUCUCACGGCGUGGCAAAUCUAUGAUAUGAUGACAGAAAAUCGAGUGAUGGCGGACACAUACACUUAUUCAAUCAUGCUAAACGAUGCCAAGAUUCGCGGGGAUGACGUUGCGGUCGAAAAAUUGGCGCACUGGAUGAGCGAGGACGGUGUGCGAAACAGUUAUACUGUCACAGACAUAUUAGACACAAUAUUUCGCUUACACAGACGAGAGUAUUUCAAGCGCGCUCCCAGUGAGAGAAGAUCUCUUCAAAACCCAUUCUCACAGAUGCUUCCAAUCUAUAUGAAGAACUUCGAGGUGGAACCAUUGGCUCGACUCAUACCUAGAUUUCAGGAGAAAAUCUUGGGUCUGGGCUCCAUGGAUCCUGACGAUGAGGUGGAUGACACCCAUUAUGAAAUCCAGGGUCGUGUGGAAGAAGACCAAAAUCAUCUCGACUUGUCUGUUACAAAUGAGUCCGAAACUGUCAUGACACCCCGCGAGUCCGCUGCCGAAGACGCUCUUCUAGAACCGAACUAUGUGACCUUAAUAGUGAUGCUGAAAUCAUACAUUGGAAGCGUUCGGAACUACACGGCUUUGUUGAGAUUUUACAACCAUUUCAAAGCCCUGAUAGCCGCAAGAGAUCCAAUAGUCGCUCCUCUGUUGGUAGAAGCUCAAAUCUACAACCACUUGCUUGUUGGGCUCGGCCAUCUCGAUGCACCAAUGCACGAAUGUCUGAAAAUCGUUGCUGAUAUGCAAGUUCAGCAAUCCAAACCAAGGAACUCGGUAACUGAAAUUGAGGAUGAUCAAUCUCUUGAUGGAGAUGAGGAUGAUUUUGCUGCUGCGUCAAGUAGCUCAGAACAGAGCGACAUUGAUCCUGAGUCAGAUGAUGCAACUGACGAUACUUUCCAGCCACCCCCUCCAAGUCUUCAUACAUGGACUACAUUACUUAACGUAUUCAUGCAACGUCAUCAACCUCGUGCUGCCGAAAAAGUGUUGCAGAUCAUGAUUGAGAAAGAGGGUCUGGAGCCUAACCAAGCAACAUGGAACGCAUUGACUAUGGGCUACAUGAGACUUCAAGACCCACAGAUGACCGCAGAUGCCCUCAUUCGAACAAAGCGGGCUGGAUUUGUCGUCGACCAUAUCAUGGCAAGUAGGUGGUGGCUCAGAUUCCAAGCUAGAGCUCGUUUAAGUGAAGCCUUGCAAUCUGCUUCUGGUGGCAAUGAGACAUCACUGGCAGAUGUAGCCAAUGCUAUGGAGUCCGAGUCCGAGAUGUCAGAUCCGGCUGAUGACGAUAUCAUCGACGAGGAAGUUUUGGAGGCUACCACUUCUAGAACAGGAGAUAUAUAUCGUAUUCUAAAGCGCCGUCUACACGCUGUCAAUUCUCCCGUCUAUCCUAAUUGGAUCUUUGACGCUAUGAUCCGGGCCGACGAAGAAAAUGUUAUCGAGCCGGAAACAGAGCCAAUAAGAGAUGAAGUAGCCCAACUUGAAAGUGUAUCGACUGAAUCUUUGAAUCAACCAAGUGAACAGGCAGCCAAAUCGACCUUCGACGAUGUAGCUGAGUCUGAAAUUGUACCAGCUGAAUCACCAGGCAAGUCAAUUAGUGACAACGAACACAAUCCAGGACAGCUUUCAAACAGUCAAAUAGACAAUCAUACUGGACAACGACAACGACAAUCAGAGAUUGAAGAUAAAAGAGAAUCGAGACUGCUACCAACUAACAAGCUAUUAAUUCGAAGAACGACACAAUGGAUCAUGACGCCUGAAGCAAAAGCUUUCCGCCGCAGUUCUCAGGAAAAGGGGUUACUACAAGGGGUAAAUGCUGUUGACGGCUAUGAUAAAAAUGCUGAGGAUUGA